AUGGCGGAAGACGGCGCGGUGGAUCAGGAGACGCAGAGAGAAGAGAUCGCGACGCUCUUGAAGACGCCGCUGUGCAGAGGAGAGACCUGGUAUUUGGUGAGCAGUGACUGGUUCAGGCAGUGGAAGAAAUAUGUUGGUUUUGACAGCUGGGGUAGAUGUCAGACUGGAGACCGAAACAUUUAUCCUGGACCCGUGGAUAACUUCAGCCUGCUCAAAGUUGGAGAUAAGCUGGACAUUAAGGAACACCUCAUCGAUGAACUGGACUAUAUCAUGGUGCCCACAGAGGGCUGGAAUAAGCUUGUGAGGUGGUACGGGCUGACUGACGGACAGGAGCCCAUCGCUCGGAAGGUGGUGCUAGGGGGGAUGUUUGUGAAACACCAUAAGGUGGAAGUCUACCUCACCAAACUGAAUUUAUGUGAAAACAGCAACAUGGACAGUACUGUCACUAGGAGGUUCAGUAAAGCAGAUACCAUAGGUAUGAUCAGACUUUUUUUUUCCAUAGCUGUGGGUUAUUGAUAGUUGGUUGUUGCUUCACGAACAAUCUUUGCAACCGUAUCAUUGUUUCUAGGGCUGCCCCCUAAUAAACGAAAAGAGACUUAGUUGAUCAAAAUUGUAUUAGUUAGUUGCAGAAAAAAAACUCCAAAGGAAAGUGGUGAAGUCAGUCAAGUCCAUAAGGGACCGAUCGCUAACGGUGGUUCUUUGUGGUAAUUACAGUGUUUGUGAAAUUAUGUCUCACAAAUAGGGCUGGGCGAUUUUUCCGUUUUUUUUUUUUUUUGAUUAAUUUGAAUUUAAUGUUUUGCCUUGAUUUUAUUUUUUUUAAAUCGAGAAAUCGCGAUUUUGAAUAAAAAUGUUAGCAAGCGUUACAAUUAGGCAUGUUGACAAUACAGCAAUGAUAACCGUUAGGAGAAGAAAAUGAUCCGACCACAUGAUGAUUAACCGCUCUCAUGUGACGCUCUAUGAAAGUAGAACACAUCACUAUUCUUAAGCGGCUGUUCAUUCAGAAAUGCGUUAUUGCGUUAUAAAAAUUAGACGCAGGCAGUGGAAUGAGAA